UUCUCUGUUUUGUAGUUGCAUGAAUGAAUUUUCAAAGCACAAGGGUUUAUGCUCUCUCUUCUUCCACUUCCACUUCUUACAACCCCUUUCCCUCUCUCCCUCAAUAUAUAAACUCUUCACUCACAUUCACAGACCCACUUUUCUUGCAACUCAAAUAAGACCCUGAGUGAGUGAGCCACUUCUCUUUUUAACCCUUUUUGCCACUGCCCCAACACAAAACAAAGGCACAAAACUGGGGAGGCUUGUGUGUGUGAUUGCAGCAGCCAUGGGGGUCUCUUCUCAGAGCACCCCUUUGUAUUGCCCCUCUUGUUCCCGCCACUUCCGUGCUGCUCUCUUUUCUUGGUCCUUGUUGGCUCCCUCUCAAUCACACCUCCCCAGAAGAAAAAUCCAAUCAAUCCAGAUUGCCAGCAAUAUCCUUCAACAUAGUGCAUUGUCUUUCAGAAAAGGUUUGUCCUGUCUAAAGAGAACACCUUUUGGGUUGAAUAAAUGUGAUGACAUGGAAUAUAGCCAUAAAUAUCCUGUACAUAUUUCAGUUAACAAAUUUUCGGACAUGUCAUGUGGCAUGUUGGAGGAAAGGAGAUAUGAAGAAGAUUUGGGUUCUUUACAUUCCUGUAAUAGUCAAGUAAGGAUGGCGGGUUUGGCUCAAUUUCCCACAUCCCCUGCUAAUGGAAAAGCGUUUGGGUAUAAUAAACAAGCCUGGGCCGAGGCAAGUAAUAAAUUGUCUAAAAAUAAAAAGGAAAUACAAGCUGAUAAUAAGUUCAGGGUUGCAUCUAAUGCAGUUACUUCCACUGGUCAGGAACAGGCUGUUUCUAUGAAUCACGAUCAUGCGCAGCAGGAUCUUGAUGAACCUGCCUCAUCUUCUGUUAAAGACUCAAAAGUGUUGACAGACACUAAAAGGGUGGGCACUCAGUUAAAGGUACCUCCAUCAGAGAUCUGUAAAGAGAAAAGUGAUAAAGUUAAUGAUAAUCAUGGUUUGGAUACAACUGCUAAGGAUGCAACUUCUGUUGAAAAGGCACGUAGUACUGAACACACAAAUGUGAAGCGUGCAACUAAUGCAACUACUGGUAAGAAGGCACGCAGUACUAAACAAACAACUGCAAAGGGUGAAACUAAUGCAACUUUUAAAAAGGCACAUAGUACUGAGCAAUCAAAACUUCGGGGAAGGCUUUGUAGCAUCUAUGAAGACAUAUUGGUUGUUAAUAAUAUUUCUCUUGCAGAGGAAGUUGCUAAGAUGCUUACAGUAAAUUACAGGCAUCUUAUUCAUGCAUGUGAUACUGAGGUGGCCAAGAUAAAUGUGAAACAAGAAACACCUGUAGAUCACGGGGAGAUAAUAUGCUUCAGUAUUUAUUCGGGUCCAGAAGCUGAUUUUGGAGGUGGAAAGUCAUGUAUCUGGGUAGAUGUUCUUGAUGGUGGAGGCAAAGAGAUCUUAAUUAAGUUUGCUGAAUUUUUUCAAGAUUCGUCUAUAAAAAAGGUCUGGCAUAACUAUAGCUUUGACUGUCAUGUUAUACAAAACUACGGAUUUAUGGUUUCUGGAUUUCAUGCUGAUACAAUGCACAUGGCACGGCUAUGGGAUUCAUCUAGGCGUUGGGUUGGUGGUUAUUCUCUUGAAGGACUUACAGGUGACCAAGAGGUCAUGUCUAGGGCUAAGUUGGACCAUGAAAAGGAUUUGAUUGGUAAGGUGUCAAUGACAACUAUAUUUGGUCAGAAAAAGGUGAGGAUAGAUGGAUCUGCAGGUAAAAUGGUUACCAUUGCUCCUGUUGAUGUGCUGCAAAGAGAUGAGCGAAUACCUUGGAUAUGUUACUCUGUCUUAGAUGCUAGAAGCACUCUGAAGCUUUAUGAGAGCCUAAAGAGUCAUCUAUCUGAUAUGCCUUGGAAUCUUGAUGGAGUACCUGUUUUACAGAAAAACAUGUAUGAUUUCUACCAGGAAUAUUGGAAGCCAUUUGGUGAGCUUCUAAUAAAAAUGGAAUCUGUGGGAAUGCUAGUUGAUCAGUCAUAUCUUAAAGACAUAGAAAACGUGGCCAAAGCAGAGCAAGAGGCAGCUGUUAAUAGAUUCCGAAAAUGGGCAUCUAGGUAUUGUCCGGAUGCCAAGUACAUGAAUGUCGGAAGUGAUGCACAGUUGCGCGUACUUCUCUUUGGUGGCACUGUGAACAGAAAAAACCAUAAUGAGGCAAUUCCAACUGAGAGAGUUUUCAAAAUUCCCAAUGUUGAUAAAGUAAUUAAAGAAGGCAAGAAGGCUCCCACAAAACUUCGUGAUAUUAAGUUGAAUAGCAUUGGCUACAACCUGAAUGUUGAUAUGUACACGCCAAGUGGUUGGCCCUCAGUUAGUGGUGAUGUUUUAAAGGUCUUGGCUGGCAAAGUUUCUGCCGAAUAUGACUUUUAUGAGGCUUGUAACAUGGAUCUUGAUGAUGAAGAUGGAAAUCCUUCUCAAAGUGAAUUUUUACCUGUGGAAAUAGAUAAAUCUACUUACGGAACAGCUUUUUCUUGUUUUCCAACAGAGGAAGAAGGGAGAGAUGCAUGCCAUGCAAUUGCCGCUUUAUGUGAAGUCUGUUCAAUUGAUUCUUUGAUCUCUAACUUCAUCCUUCCCCUGCAGGGGCAUAAUAUAGCAGGAAAGGAUCACCGUGUUCAUUGUUCCAUAAAUAUCAACACAGAGACUGGACGUUUGUCAGCAAGAAGGCCAAAUCUGCAGAACCAACCUGCUUUGGAAAAGGACCGGUACAAAAUCCGUCAAGCAUUCAUAGCUGCUCCAGGGAAUUCUCUUAUAGUUGCUGAUUAUGGACAGUUGGAACUUAGGAUUCUUGCACAUCUUGCUAAUUGUAAGAGCAUGUUGGAAGCAUUUGAAGCUGGUGGAGAUUUUCAUUCAAGAACUGCAAUGAAUAUGUAUCCAUAUAUUCGUGAAGCAGUUGAGAGAAAGGAAGUGCUUCUUGAGUGGCAUCCUCAGCCUGGUGAAGACAAACCCCCAGUUCCUCUCCUGAAAGAUGCCUUUGCUUCUGAAAGAAGGAAAGCCAAAAUGCUUAACUUCUCAAUUGCAUAUGGAAAGACGCCAGUUGGGCUUUCCAAGGAUUGGAAGGUUACUGUGACAGAAGCUAGGAGAACAGUUGACCUUUGGUACAAUGACAGAAAAGAAGUGCUGAAAUGGCAAAAAGAACGUAAAAAAGAAGCUUGUGAAUCUCAACGUGUUCACACAUUGCUAGGGCGAGCCCGGCGGUUUCCUAAAAUAGACCUAGCUAACAACUACCACAAAGGUCAUAUUGAGCGAGCUGCUAUUAAUACACCAGUGCAGGGUAGUGCAGCAGAUGUUGCCAUGUGCGCCAUGUUAGAAAUAUCCAACAAUAUGAAGUUGAAGGAGCUUGGAUGGAAGUUACUUCUACAGGUUCAUGAUGAAGUCAUAUUGGAAGGGCCAACAGAGUCUGCCGAGGUUGCAAAGGCUAUAGUUGUUGAGUGCAUGACGAAACCUUUCAAUGGUGAGAAUUUUCUUAGAGUCGGCCUCUCUGUCGAUGCCAAUUGUGCUCAAAACUGGUAUGCUGCAAAAUAGACAUUUGGUCAUACAGUAUAAAAGGUGAUGAAUUGGUGUGGUGGGGUAACUUUUCACCCUUGGUUCCAUACAAAGGCCAUCCAUGGUUGAAUUUUUGGGAGAUGUUUUCUUGGCAGCAUGGUCCCUUUGGUGACUGUAAAUCAAAAGAGGUUGUUCUUUUUCUCCAUGGCAAAGGAAUUGCCCUUGAGGUUACGCUCCAUUUCUAUAGGGGAGUAGUUCCAUUGUGGUGUUUUGGUGUGCAUAGCAUUUUGAACUCUAUAGGAAGAAACUAAAGGGAAAAACCAUGGUGUUUAUUUUCCCUUUGGUUUUAAAGUUUAUACGUAACUUGCACAUGCUAUGCCUUACAAACAUAAUGGCCUCUUGGCUUUGAUGCAACUGGAUCAUUUUAUACUAUUGUAUAUAUAAAACGAAAUUCGCCGAACAGAACAUCUUAUUCACUAACGUUUACACUUUGUUGCAAACUUA